AAAGGCGCCACGGAAUGGAGGUCUCCAUGGGCAGAGGUCACAUCGCGAAGCGGUCCGAGGAAGAGUGGCGGCGCCAAGGAGUACUCGUCCGCAUCUGAUGUAUAAGAAUGGCAGCCAAGGCCAUGUGCCGAGACAAUCUUCUUCCUGCCUCUGUGUACCGGCAUCGAAGACGACUCAUCUCGAAGGCAACUAACUCAUCAUGAAGUACCUGCUUUCUCUUGGCGCCCUCGUCGGCGUGGCCUCUGCCCAGGCCGGCGCCUGGGCUCAGUGCGGCGGCAGCUCAGACUGGAAUGGGCCGACGACCUGUAUCCCCGGCUACACCUGUAUCUACUCGAACCCGUGGUACAGCCAGUGUCUGCCCGGCUCCGGUCCGGCGCCGUCUCCGACCACUCUGGUUACGAAGACGACGACAACCUCGACGUCGACCACGACGUCGACGGUCAAGCCCCCCACCACCACCUCGACACCUCCCCCGACCAGCAACCUCGGCUGGAAGUGGUUCGGUGUCAACGAGGCCGGAGGAGAGUUUGGCGAGAAGGUCUUGCCCGGCACCUGGGGCACCGAGUUCAUCUUCCCCAAUCCGGCUACCAUCACCACCCUCCGCGGCCAGGGAUACAACACCUUCCGCGUGCAGCUCAAGAUGGAGCGCCUGACGCCCGGUUCGCUGACCAGCGGCUUCAACAACGCGUACCUCCAGAACCUCACCAACGUGGUCAACCACAUCACCCAGAGCGGGGGCUGGGCCGUCCUGGACCCCCACAACUACGGCCGCUUCAACAACAACGUCAUCACCGACGUCGCCGGCUUCCAGACGUGGUGGACCAAUUUCGCCAACCAGUUCAAGGGCAAUGACAGGGUCGUCUUCGACACCAACAACGAGUACCACACCAUGGAUCAGACGCUCGUGCUCAACCUCAACCAGGCCGCCAUCAACGGCAUCCGCGCCACCGGCGCCACGCAGUACAUCUUCGUCGAGGGCAACCAGUGGUCCGGCGCCUGGUCGUGGCCGACGGUCAACGACAACAUGAAGGCCCUCACGGACCCCCUGAACAAGAUCGUCUACGAGAUGCACCAGUACCUCGACUCGGACAGCUCGGGGACGUCUCCGACGUGCGUGUCGACGACGAUCGGCGUCGAGAGGGUCCAGGCCGCGACCGCCUGGCUCCGCCAGAAUGGCAAGGUCGGUAUCCUGGGCGAGUUCGCCGGCGGGGCCAACCCCCAGUGUCAGACCGCUGUCAAGGGCCUCCUCGAUUACCUCAAGGCCAACUCGGACGUGUGGUCCGGCGCGCUCUGGUGGUCUGCCGGGCCCUGGUGGAGCGACUACAUCUUCAGCUUCGAGCCUCCCUCCGGCACGGGAUACCAGUACUACAACAGCCUCCUCAAGGGCUAUUUGGCGUAGGUGAGGAUGGACUUGAAUGGCUCAGUGAACUCUUCCCAAUUCACCGCUCCGAGAAGAAUCAUCAAGAGCCUAAAAGCAAUCAUCUUUGGAUGAUUUAGAUCCCACUUCUCUGUACAUAUUUGGGUUCGUAUAUACUCUCUUCGUUCCACAUCUUGGCAUGAUCAAGGUUGGCUCAAGGCUCCAAUGUUGGGCCUUUUCUCAUUCGUAUAGCACAUUACUGGAUACAA